AUGGUUUCUGAAAUUCAGCUUAGAUUAGCUGUUAUUAUUUAUGAUAUACUCUGUUCGGCGUCUUAUGUUCUAGUCAUCCAUUUGAGACCAACCAGAGCCCUUCCGCAUCAACCCAUAGACCGUAACAAUCCUCUAACGAUUAAAGAAAGGUGCCAGCGAGCCAGUGUGUUGACUGCUACACAUGUAUUAUUAUUGCCUAUUCUUUUAAAAGUGUUGAGACUGUCAGAAAUUGCGGAAACUACGGCGAAACUUGGAAUAGUGGUGGGAUAUCACAACCAGAGCUGGUCUUUCUCUAACCUCCAAGAUGAUAUUGUCAGCAUUUUCAAAGCUUUAGGUUUGACCAUGAUUCUCUUUUCUGGUCCUAUUGUAGAUUAUUUUUACUAUUCAAACUCAACAGAAGUAAUCAAGCAAGAUCUGGCGUAUGUCGUUAGCCUCGAGGGUAUGCGUGAUCUACUUGUGGGACCCAUCACUGAGGAACUUCUUUAUCGGUCAUGUUCCAUUUCAUUAAUGCUAGUAGCUAACGAUUACGCCAACAAAUUUCUGUUCGGCCAACACUGGUUAAUAAUGGUAUCAUCACUCUACUUCGGUAUAGCACAUCUUCAUCAUGCUGUUGAACUGUAUCAUUGUAAAAGAUAUUCAUUAACUACCAUAACCAUAUCAACUGCCUUCCAAUGGUCAUAUACAACGUUAUUUGGAAUAUAUGCAAGCUUUCUAUACUUGCGAACAGGAUCUGUAUGGUCAGCAAUAGUUGUUCAUUCAUUUUGCAACAUGAUGGGGUUUCCCCGGUUGACAUUUGGACGUGAUGAAGCGAGAGAUUGGAAAGUGGGUUACUAUGUGUUGCUCGCUCUAGGUUCCGUCCUAUUCAAAAAGUUUCUUUACUCUCUAACAGAAUCUAACCAUACGCUUCUUCUAUAA